CCCUGACAGUUAAGCCGGUGGGAUAAAGAAGUGCCGGUGAGGUCCAGUGUGUUAACCGGGAACAGCAAGUUGGCUCGGCUAAUUUCUAGCAAUCUCAAUUCGGGGAUUUUAUCUGACCUCGGAAAUUGUUUUCAUAUUGGUUACUGUAUCUCAGACUCCCGGACAAUCAGAGAGAGCUAGCGAGUUAGCUCUCCACCGUAUUAGCUUUAAAUGCUCAGCUAGAGCAGAGGAGUCACACCCAGAGCGAGGGGAUGCAGCUCCGCUGAAAAAACACCGGAGACGGUUUAUUAUCCAAAUAAAACCGAAUUACUUAAAAGGGACAGGCGGUAAAGUUUGCCACGAGUGUAAAAAAAGGUUUGUUGUUUCUCCAAAGAAGCCAUGAAACACCCGUGGCAGGGUAGUUCUCGGGGAAACAGAUAACAUUAGCUAGUGUUUAGCUAGCGCGCUAAGUGUCCAGUGUGAAGUCUGAACAGGACACCGUUACUCUCGGACUUGUGUGUGUGUGUGUGUGUGUGAUAUAAGGCUGCCAUGAACAAUCCUACACUCAUGUACACGUUUGUUAUGAGAGACGACAACAGCAGCGUGUAUGCUGAAGUCGCCAAAAUUCUCGUUUCUACUGGGAAAUGGAAACGACUGAAAAAGGACAAUCCGAGAUUUAACCUGAUGCUUGGAGAAAGAAACCGCCUUCCUUUUGGACGCCUGGGUCAUGAACCAGGACUGAUGCAGUUAGUCAACUAUUACAGAGGAGCAGACAAGCUGUGUCGCAAAGCAUCUCUGGUCAAGUUAAUAAAGACUAGUCCAGAGCUGAAAGAUUCCUGUAACUGGUUUCCUGAAUCAUACAUCAUUUAUCCUACCAAUCUUAACACUCCUGUUGCUCCUGCUACCAACGGCAUCAGCCAUCUGAAGAACAACCCAAAGACAGAUGAGCGUGAGGUCUUUCUUGCCUCCUAUAACACCAAAAAGGAAAAUGGGGAGGGAACCGUAUGGAUUGCUAAAUCUUCUGCUGGAGCCAAAGGAGCUGGAAUCUUGAUAUCUCAUGAUGCAAACCAAUUGCUUGAGUUCAUUGAUAAUCAGGGACAAGUUCAUGUCAUUCAGAAGUAUCUUGAACGACCAUUGCUGUUGGAACCCGGUCAUCGCAAAUUUGAUAUUAGGAGCUGGGUGCUCGUGGAUCAUCAGUACAACAUCUACUUGUACCGUGAGGGGGUGCUGAGGACAUCCUCAGAGCCGUACAACAGCUCAGACCUGCAGGACAUGACUAGCCACCUGACAAAUCACUGCAUCCAGAAGGAACACUCGCAGAACUAUGGCCGCUACGAGGAUGGCAACGAGAUGUUCUUUGAAGAGUUCAGACAAUACCUGCUAAAUGUUCACAAUGUUUCCAUGGAGACAUCCAUCUUACCUCAGAUCAAGCAGAUAAUAAGGAGCUGCCUCAUAUGUAUUGAACCAGCGAUCAGCACUAAGCACCUGUCCUACCAGAGCUUCCAGCUUUUUGGUUUUGACUUUAUGCUGGAUGAGAGCUUUAAAGUGUGGCUGAUUGAGAUCAAUGGAGCACCUGCAUGUGCACAGAAACUCUACCCAGAACUGUGCCAGGGCAUUGUGGAUGUAGCCAUUUCCACCGUCUUUUCACUAAACGCAGACUUCCUUUCCUCCUCCCCACCAUUCUCCACAUCUCCUUCUCUUAACUCCAACUCCUGCUCUUCACCCAAACUCAGAGCUCCGCAAAACUUUGGCCCAUUCAUGAAACUCUGUGGCCUGUGCACAUGAUCAGACAUGAGCCUCGCUGAACCUUAAAACAUGGUUUAGCUGCAGCAGUGUGACAAGUGAGUCAUUUAUUUCAUUAGAUGGGGUUGAAGGAAUGCAUUUGAUGUAAGUUGCUGUAGAAUUUCCUGCAAAGUAGUAUCUUAUAAAAAGAAUUUAUGAAGGAAUUUUGUUUUGUGAAGAACAUGUGUAAUAAACACUUUAAGAAAGUUUAUCAUACUGUAUGUAAAAAUGUAGUAGCUACAGUCAUCAUAAUGUUGGAUCAUUACAUAUUUUGGUAAAAAUGUGUAAAUAUAAUAUAACAGUAUUAUUUUCAGUUAGUUUUCAGUAUUAGUGUGAGGGUUUGUUUAUUAGUGAUUUAGUCGAAAGAGAAAGGGUGCCUUAUUCAAUGCAAUUUUAAAAUAUAAAGAUGAACUUGAUUCUUGAGACAAAUCUUUAAGUCAAGAAAUAUACCUGCUUCCCACCUCAUGCUGACCUAAAGUUGUUCACCAAUAUCAAUUCUAACCAAAGAGAAUUGAAUUGCUUUCUAUAUUUUGUUAUUUUAAACAUUUUCUGUUUGCUAGAGAUCUUUAGUAUUUGUAAAAUGUAAAAUUAAGGGGGGAAAAUUUUUGACAUUUUCAUGACAUUAUUUUCAUUAAGCCAUUUAAGAUUUACAUUGGUUUCAGUGGGGUUGAUCCAGCUGCUUUGUGUCCUGUUCACCUUGUAAUGUAAAGGUUGCGUUCUGACUUUCUGUCUCUGAGAUGAACAUUAAAGCUGUAAACCUCUGAUACGUGCUCAGCGUGUAAACCCACAUGUCUCCAGAAAAUGUCAUGUGGUCUUCUACUAUCACUUCUGAAUGUUUCCUAUUACAGCUAGCAUUAAAAGGAACAUAUUACAUGUAUUUGAGUAAAUUGUAAUGGUAUACUGUCCAUUUUUUUUGUGUAAUGUUUUAUGCAUGGUACGUGUGAUGUCUGUAGGCAAUGCCAAAUAAAAAGGUUUUUCUAAAUGUAAUUUGUUAACUUUUUACAGCUAAA